AUGAACCAAACGACUAUUUACAAAAUCACUCAAAUGCAACAACAAGUUUCCCAACUCGAACAAAAAAUCGAAUCACAGACUCAAAUACUCGAGGGAUUGAUGCAUUUAUUAGCACCCUCUUUUGCCCAAAGUGAUAGUAAUGAGAUCAAUUGUGAAGUUCUUGAAGCAGCUCAACAAGCAAGAGAAGGCGCUGUUGCCAACUCUCUUAAUCCAAACUUGAUGGGCUUCCGAGACAUUCCUAGAACACGUUACGCCACGGUUGCGUUUGCUUGUCCUGAUCAACUUAUUCAAGAAAGAAAGAAAUAUCACUGA